AUGUCUAUGCCAAGGGGUAGAGCUGAGGAGCCUUGCAGCAGCAAUUAUCGCCAUGCAUGCGCUUCGUGCAGGCACCAAAGGAAGAAGUGUGACAACACCUGUCUUAUGGCGCCGUACUUCCCAGCGCAUAUGGCCGAGAAUUUCCAAACGGUUCACAGAGUUUUUGGUGUUGGGAACGUGUCGAAGAUUCUCAUGAAUCUUGAUGUACAACACAGGGAACUGGCUGCUGAGUCCAUCAAAUGGGAAGCCGCGAUAUGGAGGCAGGACCCUGUUCAUGGACCUUUGGGGAAAUACCGGCAACUAGAACAAGAACUUCAGUUGCUUAGGAAUCAACUGAUCACCCAAGAAAAGAUUUUGAACCAAUGGAGUAUUUAUAGUAGCAACCAAAGUGAAGUUGGAAUGAUGUUACCCAGUUCUGAGGGUGGUUUAAAUUCUGGUUUAACCUGUUCUUUACAAGGAGAACAAGAAAUUGAAAGCCAAGGAGUAGUAUCUUGCACUGGAAUUCCUUAUAAUACUGAAGGUGGCCUUACUCCAUUCUUAACAGUCCCAGCGCCAUCUCGUCAGCCAUUGCCACUGUCAGGAAGCCAUGGUGAAAUUGAAUUUUGGAAUGAAAAGCUUCUACAGGGACAAGAUAGAGCAAGACAAUUAGGAAGAUGUGAAGGAGUAUGUCAGGAUCAUAUAGGAUUCGUUUGUUUUCAGAGAUGA